GACCUCGGGAUCAGAGACCGGAUCGAAGAGAUCAUCCCAGAAGUGAGUCGCAUCCGAAUCGAGACCUGCCUCCUGCUCAACCUGCACUUCAUCCGCCUUCUGGAGGAAGGGAAGCCCAUUCCCGUCAUCGACCAGAACUUGGUCGGACGUGCGAUGCAGUGCACAUAUGCAAAGAAAGCACAAGCGGACGCGGAACUCCAAGAGACAUUCGACCACCACUACCUACCUCUCUGCCCCAACCGUCCGAUCAACAACUGCCUCCCUCGCAUCACCAACGUACUCCUGGACCUGCGCAACCAGCUCCUCAGCAACAUCAAGAAUCACGUCGCGGUCCUCUUCCAGUCACGGCACCGGGCCUUCAUGAAGCUCCUCCUCAGAGAAGCAGCCCCGGGCGUGCCUUUCUUCGAGGAAGCGGACGAGGAUCUGGAGUCGUGCACCCGGCUGCUGACGACCGCCACCUUGUGGCGCCCGAACGAGAGCGUCCAAGAGCUGCUACCGGAGUAUCCUCGCAUCUACGGAAGGAUCCCAGAAGCUGCGAUCGAGUGCCUACAAGAUCUGGUCGACUCAGUCAGGCCGGAAGUCGGGCCGCUGCCUGCGGCGUCCCAGAGCAGACCUCACCUCUACGUGCCCUGGAUGAGGAUCAUCAGCGAGGAGUCCUCGGACCGACAGCUGCGAUCAUUCUCCCUCGUGCCUCACGCCUCCUUCUCUGCACCUUUCAUCGCUAUCACUCCUACAACGUGGCCCGAGCUGCAACCAAAGAGCGGCAAGAGAAAGGCUCCGGGAGAGCUCCGCGAUGCUUUUCCCUCCAUCGGACGGCUGGAGAGCGGUGGGAAGACCUUCGCAGACCGGAUCACCACGGACGGAGUGUCCGCGAGCGUGUAUUUCCCGGUGGAGAAGAGGACGCCCCCUCCGGAGGACAGAAUGGUCCACAUCCACCCCAAACAGCGCGUGGUGGGAUUAGACCCAGGAAAGCAUCCUGACUUCCUCACCGGCAUCGCCGUGACCGGCGACUGGGAUGGCAUCUCGCAUCAGGAGGAGGUCAUCGGCCUGGGGACCCGGGACUUCUACCACCGAGCGGGAUUCAAGAAUCGGACGUUCCUCAUGCACGCCUGGAUGUCCAGAGACCUGGAUGUGGCAGCCUUCAACAAGGAUGCUCCUUCGGGGAACACCGUGAGUCUGGAGAAGUUCGGGAAGAGGGUGACCUUCGUCUCUGCGAACCUGUACUGUCUGGUACGCUUCCACACCGCGAGGAGGGUCCGAAAGCUGAGACGGCGAGUGACGAUCAAGAAACAGAUCGAGGUGGACAGAGCCUGCAAGAAAAUCACGGCAGGGAAGAAAACCGUGGUGGCUUUCGGAGCAGCACAGGUGGAUGCAGGCAGGACCAAGAGGCAGUGUGGGCCAUGCGAGUCGGUGAAGAGACGACUCAGCAGCCACCACAAGGCGACGGUGGUCUUGAUUGACGAGUUUAGGACGAGCCAGGUGUGCAGCACGUGCCACUCGGACGUCAACAAGUUCGCGGUGCUCAAGAGGCAGCGGGUGAUGGAGGAUGGACUCCCGACGGUGACCGAAGUAGGGCGUCGCGAGGACGAGGACGGAGGAGGGAGGACGAGCUACAAGACGUGCCACAACGUGCGAGCGUGUACUAACCCGCUCUGUCGCAUGGUGUGGAAUAGAGACGUCAACGCAGCUCGUAGCAUAGCUUGGAUUUGUAUGAGCAUAGCGAGAGGCGAGGGCAGGCCGGCAGAGUUCACGAGAGCAGGAGUCUGGGGCUGA